CUUUGGCAGGAGAGCAAGAGCACUGGCACAACCGCGCGCCGCCGACGCGGUGCGGCAGGAGUGAAGGACAGGUUGCAGCGAUGCGAGUUACACCAUUCGUCCUGCCGCUGGCGGCGCAAGCGCUCGUCGCGCCGCGCCCGCACAUGAAGCGCCUCAGCAGUCAGCGCCCGGCGGCGGUGCGCCGGCCGCGUCGCAACCCGUCGCGGUGCCUUCUCGCUUUGCUGAUGACGCCGUCGACGCGAAGCUGCAAUGACACAAAACGCCGAAACCCGCCGCGCGCAGGCCCUCGAGGACUACUGCCCGCCGCUGCCCGAGGCUUUCGAGGCCCAGGCCGCGCUGACGGCGGACGGCGCCGCCGAGGCCUACAAGGCGUCCCUCGACGACCCGUCCGGCUUCUGGGCGUCCGAGGCCGACCGCUACCACUGGCAGACGCCGUUUGAUAGAUCGAAUGUGUACAGCGCGAACUUUAAGCGCAGCGCGGGGCCCAUCGCGGCGCGCUGGUUCGAGGACGGCGCGACGAACAUCGCCUACAACUGUUUGGACCGCCAGGUCGAGGCGGGCCUGGGCGACAAGCUCUGCUUCAUCGCCGAGAGAAAUGAUGAAGGCGAGACGUCGCCCUUACAGCCGGAGACCUACACCUACGCCGAGGCCCUCGAGGAGACGAAGAAGCUCGCGGCGGCGCUGCGGGCCCGGGGCGUCAAGAAGGGCGACCGCGUCGCGCUGUUCAUGCCGAUGGUCCCCGAACUCGCGAUCGCCAUGCUCGCGUGCGCGCGCAUCGGCGCCGUGCACACGGUGGUCUUCGGCGGCUUCUCGCGGGACUCGCUCGCGUCGCGCAUCGCCAGCGCGGGCGCGACGUGCGUCAUCGCCGCCGACGGCGUGCGCCGCGGCGGCAAGGUCAUCGACCUGUGGGGCAUCGCCAAGGACGCGCUCGCUUCUGUGUUUUUGCGGCGUCCUUCUUUUGUUGUUUGUCCUUUUGUUCUUUGCUCGUCCUUGCGUCGCGCGACGCGCCUUGGGGCUCGCGCCGCCUUGGGAUCCUCCCCCGCGUUCUCGCGGCACGCGUCUCGCUGUGCGUGGCGAGAGGACCCCGCCGGACGCCAUCGACGCGGCAUGCCUACGCAGGCGCGGGACCAGGGCACGCCGGUCGCGGGCGGCGCGGUGAUCCUGCGGCGCCUCGACGACGCCGCGUACCCGGAACCGCAACUCGCCGCCGACGAGGCGUGGUGGCACAACGUCGUCACGUCCACCGACGGCUCAGACGUCGAGUGGAUGGCCGCCGAGGACCCGCUCUUCAUCCUCUACACGUCUGGGAGCACGGGCGCGCCCAAAGGUAUUGUACAUGCCACGGGCGGCUACAUGGUCGGCGCGGGCCACUCGUUCCGGACGGUCUUCGACGCGCCGGUCCGCGCGGACGACGUCUGGUUCUGUACGGCCGACUGCGGCUGGAUCACGGGCCACACCUACGUCGCCUACGGCCCCCUGCUGAACGGCGCGACGCAGAUCGUCUUCGAGGGCGUGCCGUCGUGGCCCGACGCGGGCCGCCUCUGGCGCAUCGUCGACCAGCACAAGGUGACGCACCUCUACACGGCGCCGACGGCGAUCCGCGCGCUCAUGCGCUCCGGCGACGACCCCGUCACGUCCACGUCGCGCGCGUCGCUCAAGCUGCUGGGCUCCGUCGGCGAGCCGAUCAAUCCGGAGGCCUGGCGGUGGUACCGCGAGGUCGUGGGCGACGACCGCUGCCCCGUCGUGCGUUUCGCGGCGUCCUAACGCCAUCGCCGCGGCGCGCCGUCGAUCAGCGCGUCCGAAACGCAGGCCGACACGUGGUGGCAGACCGAGACGGGCGUCAUCCAGAUCGCGCCGACGAUGGCGUCCGGCGCGGGCCCGCACAAGCCCGGCGCGGCCAUGACGCCCGUCGCCGGCUGCGUGCCCGCGUUGCUCGACGCGGCGACGGGCGCCGAGAUCCCGGCGGUCAUUGGCGAGGAGGCCAAGGGGCUGCUGGUGCUGAAGCAGCCGUGGCCGUCGAUGGCGCGGACGUGCUGGGGCGACCACGAGCGGUUCGAGAACACGUACUUCAGCUACGACGGCUACUACCUGACGGGCGACGGCGCGCGGCGCGACGCGGACGGCCACUACUGGAUCACGGGCCGCGUCGACGACGUGGUGGUGGUGUCGGGCCACAACAUCGGCACGGCGGAGGUCGAGUCGGCGCUCGUGGCGCACCCCGCGGUGAGCUUUUGCGGCGUCCCCCAGCACGCCAUCGACGCGACACGCCAUCGACGCGACGCGCCAACAAUACAACACAACGCAGGUCGCCGAGGCCGCGCUCGUGGGCGUCCCGCACGACGUCAAGGGCUCGGCGUUGUACGCGUUCGUCACGCUGACGCAGGACGCCGAGGGCCAGGCCGGCGACGAGCUGGCCAAGGAGCUGAAGCUGCGCGCGCGCGCGGACGUCGCGGCCUUCGCGUCGCCGGACACGUUCCACUGGGCGCCGACGGGCCUGCCGAAGACGCGCUCCGGCAAGAUCAUGCGCCGCAUCCUGCGCAAGAUCGCGGCGGAAGGUGCGGACGUGUCCGGGCUGGGCGACACGUCGACGCUCGCGGAUCCCGGGAUCGUGGACGAGCUUAUUGCUAGUCAUGCGGGGGCGUCGAAGUAGUCGCUGCGCGCGUGGUAACUCGAAGGUUUCUGCAACUUUACUGUGCGCCAUCGACGCGACCCCGACACGCGCCCAG